GAUACUAUAAAAUGAUCAAUGCCUUCUCUACUCAUCAACUAGUUUACUUAUUCCCUUUUUCUCCUUCACUUUACUUGGUUCUUGACUGUUGCGGAAAAUGGGCGGCAAAACUCAUCUUCGUUCCCUUCCGGUGGUUACCGUCCAAAACACUAAGCUUGCAGAUGCCCCCGUUCUGCUCUUCGUUUACUUCCACAAGGCUUUCAGUGCCCAGCUAGUGGAGCUCCGUCGUUUCGCUACUGACGCCUCUGCAGCCGGUUCCUUUAGCGGGGAAUUGGCCGGGGAGCUACGCCGGAAGUUUGAGUUUUUGAAGCUUGUGUACAAGUAUCACAGCGCAGCUGAAGAUGAGGUUGUCUUUUUGGCGCUCGGUGAACGUGUGAAGAACAUUGUUUCUAGUUAUUCGCUUGAGCAUGCUGGCACAGAUGAUCUCUUAUCCUCAUUGUUCCAUUGGCUACAUGUUCUUGAAGAGGAAUUAGGGAGCGUAAGCGAUGUACUUCGUGAAGUUAUCCUAUGCAUAGGCACCAUUCAGUCAUCCAUAUGCCAACAUAUGCUUAAAGAAGAGCGGCAGGUCUUUCCUUUGUUAAUUGAGAAGUUCUCGUUCCGAGAACAGGCAUCACUUGUGUGGCAAUUCAUUUGUAGUGUUCCAGUGAUGGUACUCAAAGACUUUUUGCCAUGGAUGAUGUCUUAUCUCUCUCACGAGGAGAAAACUGAAGUUGUGAAUUGCAUGAAAGACAUAGUUCCAAAUGAAGACUUAUUGCAACAGGUGAUAAGCUCUUGGCUGAUCAACAACAUUCCAUCGACUUGUGGGGCUUCUACAAAGAUCGUAAAAUGUGUCCAGUAUGGAGAUGUGUCUAAAAAUACGAAGAACUCAUCUAGGACACAGGAGUCCAGAGGAUGUUUUAAAUGGUUCUGCCGGUGGAGUGAAAAGGCUCUUUUUAUUAAAAAUGUAGGUCACAGCCCAAUUCAUGGUCUUCAGCUUUAUCAAAAUGCAGUUGAAAAAGAUUUGAGAGACAUUCAAGAAGAAUUAUGCCAAGAGAAAUCCCCAAGACUUCUUUUGGACCUUGAUGUAGUCAUGGCUCGGUUAAACUUCCUUGCUGAUGUUCUUGUUUCUUACUGCAAUGCAUUUAACAAGUUCUUCCACCCGGUGUUAGAAGAAAUAGCCUCUUCAAGUACAAAUCAAUUCACCAUAGAUAUUUGUCUUGGGAAUUUUAAGAGAUUUUUAUACAAAAGUGACGAUGCUAAAAUGUGGACGGAGGGUUUUCUACUGAAGCUUCAGGAGGAACUUGAUUCCCUUGUACUCCAAGUAACAAAACAAUUUUCUGUACAUAGAACAAAGGUAUUCCCAGUCAUCAGCAAGAAUUGUAAUCAUGAAAUGCAAAGGCAGGUCCUGUACACAAGCAUACAUGUCUUACCUCUUGGAUUGCUAAAGUGUGUCAUACCAUGGUUCUCUGCUCAUCUGUCAGAAGAAGAAUCUCAAUCCAUUCUUCAUUUCUUGACUUUAAAAGAUUCUUUUCCCAAAAAAAUAUUUCCACGCCUCUUGUUGCAGUGGCUACCUUUUGGCUACUCAGACAAAACCUCUGUUGGAAGUUCUUGGAAACAGCUCUUCGCAAUGUUAUGCUUCUUUAAAAGAAACAAGUCCUCAACCUUCUUCAUGUUGCCGGCUGCUGGAGACAUGUACGAGACACCUUACUCUAGUAGAAUGCUUUUCUCCGGAAACCUUAGAUCUCGUCAUCUGCAUAUGGAUGAUCCAUUUACCAUGGAUAGAAAACCAAUUGAUCUCCUUUUCUUCUUCCACAAGGCAAUGAAGGUGGAUCUUGACUACCUUGUUAGUGGAUCAGCAAGACUAGCAUCCGACUCUAGCUUCCUCAUGGAGUUUCAACAGCGGUUCCAUCUGAUAAAAUUAUUUUAUCAGAUACACUCUAAUGCAGAGGAUGAGAUUGCGUUUCCAGCACCGGAGGCAAAGGGAAAGCUACAAAAGAUCACUCACUCAUUUAGUAUUGAUCAUGAGCUAGAAACCAAACACUUUGAUAAGGUGUCAUUAAUUUUAAAUGAGAUGUCAGAGCUGAACAUGUUGGUUUCUACAAUGAAGUAUGAGCGGUUAUGUCUGAGUCUCCAAGAGAUAUGCAGAUCCAUGCACAAGAUAUUGUCAGAGCAUUUCAAACAAGAAGAAACUGAGCUAUGGUGUCUGUUCAGGGGCUGCUUUACUAUUGAAGAACAAGAGAAAAUCAUAGGAUGCAUGCUUGGGAGAAUAAGCGGGGAAACACUGAAGGAUAUGAUUCCCUGGUUAAUGGAUUCUUUGACAUCUGAUGAACAACAUGAUGCAAUGUCCUUAUGGCUCCAAGCGACAAGGGGAACAAUGUUUGUCGAUUGGCUAAAUGAAUGGUACAACGGUCAUAUUAUCAAAGAGGAAGCAAGAGAAGCAAACAACAUAAAAUAUGAACACUUGUUAUCAAUGAGUCAAGAACCAUCCAUCCUCUCAAGCAGUAUAGAAACAAUUCAUGGUCAGCAUCCAUCUUAUCGAGAUGCUCAUAGUUCCGUCUUUGGCUGCGAGCACUACAAGAGGAACAGCAAGCUUCUUGCUCCUUGUUGUGACCAGCUCUUCACGUGUAUACAAUGCCAUGAUGACGAGGCUGAUCACUCGGUGGAAAGGAAACAUAUCGAAAAGAUGAUGUGCAUGAAAUGCCUUAUGAUUCAGCCAAUUGGUGCAAAUUGCUCAAAUGCGUCGUGCAAGUCGUCAAUUGGAAGCUACUUCUGCAAGAUAUGUAAAUUAUUUGAUGAUGAAAGGUCAAUUUAUCAUUGUCCCUACUGCAAUCUUUGUCGGGUAGGGGAAGGACUGGGCAUUGACUACUUCCAUUGCAUGAAAUGCAAUGCUUGUUUGUCAUGUUCCUUAAAAGAGCAUGUUUGCCGGGAAAAUUGGCUAGAAGUUGAUUGUCCGAUUUGCUGCGAGUACAUCUUCACCUCCAGAACCGUGAUAAAGCCUCUUCCAUGCGGUCACUUGAUGCACUCAGCAUGCUUUCAGGAAUACACUCGUUCAAAUUACACAUGCCCUGUCUGCAGCAAGUCGCUAGGAGAUAUGAAGAGCUACUUUAAGAUGUUAGACGAAUUGCUAGCGGAAGAAAAGAUGCCUGAUGAAUACUCCAACAAGACUCAGGUGAUACUGUGUAAUGAUUGUGGAAGAAAAGGAUACCGCAAAUGCACUUCUUGUGGUUCAUACAAUUCAAAGCUCCUUUAGAUGUUCCUUUCACAUUAUUGCAGAAUAAUAAGUCUUAUGUAUUAUUAUAUGACUGGUUAGAAAAACGGAUCUGUAAAAUUUGACGUUGUACCAAAAUAAAACAUACAAACAAACCCAGAUUUAUCAGUGGAUGUCACUCAUUCAGAUUUGAGUGGU